AUUUUGGGUCAAAGCCCAAAGGUGUAGAUGAAGCGAAUGAGAAAGGUGAAUACUGGCUUGAGGAAGAAGUAGAAGAAAACGUUUUUCCCUGGCAGUUUGAGAAAGCGAGCACUGGUUUUCGUGAUUUGGCGUGGGAAGAACGCUUCUUCUCAUAGAAUCGCACAUGCAGCGAUUAAGGAGUUCUGUGUUUUCGGCACCCAACCUUAAGAAAAAGUAUCUCAAUUCACGGGCUGCGAUUCAAGACACUUUUUUUUCCACAAAGGAUACGUUUGAGAGACAUCGCGUGGUCUUCACUGUUGGAACUUCCAUUGCUUCCGUUGCCACUGCUUGGUUCGGUUACACCUUGCGCCAUUUACAUGACACCAAAGUGGAUCAAAGGCUUCAAUCCAUUGAAAAUGCUAUGCAAAACAAUUCCAAUCUCCAUCAUACCGAAAUCAAAGACAUUGUCGCAGGUUCGGGAGGUUGUAGCAUUCCUGCUUGUAUUGCUACCGCGGGAACUUCCUUGGUUAUCGGGUAUGCCUUAGGAUGGAGGGGUGGAAGCUGGUAUGCAACUAAGAAGUUCAGAAAGGAGCAAAUGAAAAUGCUAGGACAGAUUACACCUAGAAGAUGGCAAUUGCUUGGGAAGGUGACAACACAAGAUGGUUAUAUUCUUAACAUGCCAAGAAUUAAAGUGGGAGAAUUAAGGGGGCCACCUGUUCUUCUACAGCAUGGGCUUUUCAUGGAUGGCAUAACAUGGUUAUUACUACCUUCAAAGCAGUCUCUUGCAUUUCUUUUGGCGGAUAAUGGGUUUGAUGUUUGGGUUGCUAACACUCGUGGAACCAAAUAUAGCCGGCAACAUAUAACUUUACCUACUAAUAGCUCGGAUUACUGGAAUUGGUCAUGGGAUGAAUUAGUUGCAUAUGAUCUUCCAGCCACAGUCAAGUAUGUGCAUGAUCUAACUGGACAAAAACUGCACUAUGUUGGUCACUCACAGGGAACUUUGAUUGCAUUGGCUGCUUUUUCCCAAGACCAGUUACUGAACAUAUUGAGAUCUGCUGCCUUGCUUAGCCCAAUUGCUUAUGUUGGUCAGAUGACUUCACCCCUUGCUAAAAAUGCAGCUGAAAACUUCAUUGCAGAGUCACUGUACAACUUUGGAGUCUUUGAAUUUAAUAUGAGAGGGGUCUCUGUUAUAAAGUUUCUAAAGGACUUGUGCAAUAACACAGGCAUUGAUUGCACCAACUUGUUGACCUCUUUCACAGGCCCAAAUUGCUGCCUCAACCCUUCCAUUGUAAAUGUUUUUUUGGAUCACGAGCCUCAGUCAACAGCAACAAAGAACAUGAUCCAUCUAUCUCAGAUGAUCAGAGAAGGAACCACUUCAAUGUUUGAUUACCAGAAUCAAGAUGAGAACAUAAAACACUAUGGACAACCCACUCCCCCUGCAUACGACAUGACAAGAAUUCCAAAUGAGCUUCCUCUCUUCCUGAGUUAUGGAGGCGCUGAUGCUCUUUCUGAUGUUAAGGAUGUGCAACGUCUGCUGGAAAUUCUUAAAGAUCAUCAUCCAGAUAAGCUUGUAGUGCAGUACAGAAAUGAUUAUGCACAUGCAGAUUAUGUUAUGGGUGAAAAUGCUUAUCGAGAUGUCUAUGAACCUCUUAUAUCUUUCUUUAGGCUCCAGUGAUAUCUAGUGAAUAAUACAUCCUAUAGAAUUUUAUCAUUACCUGUCUCUACAUCAUAGAAUUGAAUAGCACAGAAAUGUCACAUGUAAUUUUACAGAAUAUGGUAUUAUUAAAGGAAAGUCCUAUAAUAUUAC